UACUCCAGCUGGCUGUGGAGGUGGUUUGCGCCAGCUGGGCUCUAAAACGGGAACCAGAGCAGGAUAAAGUCAGGGUGAAUAACAGUAAGCAGGGAAACAGAGGGUUUUCAGGGCAGAAGACAAGACCCAUGACCUUGAACCCCAAUGGGAACAUUUUAUCUUUCAGCUGCUGGCCAAAGAAAUGGGUGCUGAGCUGAAGUAGGAUGGCCUCGGAAAGAAUGCCAACUCCUCCGAGCAGCUCGAGACAGAGCAGCUCACUCUCUUCAUCACCGAUGAGUACCCGCAUGCAGUCUCUGCAGGUCGACUCGGUCCAGCGUUGGAUGGAAGACCUCCGCCACAUGACAGAGGUGGAGUGCAUGUGUGUCCUCCAGGCCAAACCCAUUGGCGUGGAGGAGGACUCCCAGCAGGGAGAGCUGAUUGUGACCUCAGGGAUUGGCGCAGGGGACCAUGUAGCCAGAAACAACCUGCAGACACUCCUUCGCCGUGCGCUAGUAGUCAGUACAGAGCUGGGGAAGAUGUUCCAGAGGCUGGAGAAGGGGCGCUGGCAGAGGGUCCACAGCACGGCUGUACGGGCAAACUGCCAUGUCCGCUCAUUGGUGCAUGAGUAUAGCGCUGCUCGGAGCACACCGCCUGAAAUGCAGAAGUAUGAAAAGUCAUUGCUGGAAAAGUGUAUGGAGCUGACUAAUAUCACAGAGAGGUGUCUUCACACGGAUGAUGAAUUCUUCCUGAAAUCCAUGAGAGAGGCUAUCCAUGAGAUCCUUACAGAUGUCAGUGAUUCAUUCAGCAACAUGAUUGACAUGGCUUUAGCCAAUGAGAUCCAGGUUCUGAUCAGACAGAUUGAGUCAUCAGAUAGCGUUCACACCAUAGGCAGUGCCAUUAGUAACCUCCUGUCUCUAACCCAGGAUGGACCUCAGCUCUGCAGCAUCAUCGCCAAGGAAGGAGCUGUGGUGGCCCUGUUCAAGAUCUGCCGACAGGACCGCUUCAGAGACCUCUAUGCUCACGCUCUGAGAACGGUGGCCUCCAUCUGCUGCGUGGAAGAGGGCAUCAACCAGCUGGACAAGGUGGAUGGGAUUCUGUGCCUGGCUGACAUCUUGACUGAUGAAUGCAGUGUGGAGGCAGCCAAGGCUGAGGCGGCGGCAGUCGUGGCUCAGAUCACAUCUCCCCACCACACAUCUACCCAGCAUCUCGCCAGCUUCCUGGAGAGCAUGCACGACAUUGUAACCGCACUGAUCAAGCUGUGCGAGAGCGCCUCCUGUGGUGAAGUAUUCCUCCUGGCAUCUGCAGCCUUGGCCAACAUUACCUUCUUUGACAGCAUGGCCUGUGAGAUUCUCCUGCAACUGAACGCCAUCCACAUUCUGCUGCAGGCUUGCAAAGACCGCCAAAGAGUUGACACACCGUACUCCAAAGACCAGGUGGUGACAAUUUUGGCAAACCUCUCUGUCUUGGAGCCAUGUGCACCUGAAGUCCUCCAGGAACAAGGAAUCGAGCAACUGCUUCUGCUGCUGGGAGAAAAGCCAUCUUCUACUAGUCCAUCAGAGGGAGCUGCCUGCGAGCGAGUCCAGCAGAAAGCUGCAGUCACACUGGCCCGUCUCAGCAGGAACCUAGAUGUGGCCCAAACAGCCAUCCAACUAAAAGCUGUUCCUCGUCUCAUUGAAUUGUGCCGCUCCCCUACUGAGAGAAAUAACAGUGACUCUGUUUUGGUUGCUUGCCUGGCUGCUUUGAGAAGGCUCGCAGCAGGCUGUUCAGAUAGCAUCGAGGCGGCCGACCACCAGCAGCUGAUCAAACCACGACUAGUCGACUCUUUCCUGCUAUGUUCCAACAUGGAGGAGAGCUUUGUAUGACAGCUUGGGCUUAAAAACACUGAGAACUGAACUCUUAGCUGUAAUUUUAAGCCUCAUGUACUGAUAUGUACUUUGAAACAUUGCGACUUUUUUAUGACUAAAGCCUCUUUUGCCCCUUUAUGCCUUAAGAAGGUUUCCCAACCUUGAUCCUGGAUUUAGGAGACUGGGGUGCAUCUUCAUCAUGUCAGUUUAAAUUGAAACAGAAGACAAAUAUAUGCAAUAUGAAAUAUUGCCUUGUACAAGUCAACAUCCAAAUGAAUGCAAUAAAUUUAUGAAGUGUUGUAAGAAAAACUAGGCAAUUAGCUAAUUUUAUUUAAAAAGAAAUUACAUCAAUUUUGUACAGGUAGGUGCUACUUUUUUAAAAGUUAAAGUAUAAUCUGUUUUACAAUGUGCAAUUUAGUUUUUGCUCUGAUCGUUUAAGAAGAUAUAUAGGAAACACUGUAAAAGCCUGAUAAAACUGUGCAUCAUUACAGUAACAACAUAUGUCAAAUUAAAUCCUCCUAAACAUUUUUUAUAUAGAGUUGCAUGAAGCAAUUGCUCUGGAAUAUAUGUUAUGCUUUGUAAAGGACAUCUUUUGGCAUCUGUUGUCUUCAACUUUUUAUUUUCUUUUCCCAUAUAUCAAAUAUUACAAAUGAUACUGGAAAAUAAAUUUAAAAAUUUGAACAUGCUUUUUAUUUAAGGAGAGCUACCAUUAUUGUAUGCAAUGUAUGGAAUAAAGGCACUUAUCU